AUGCCGCCGUCAUCCCCUUCCUCCGCAUCCCCUCCUUCCUUUCUUCCUCUCACGGAAGCACAUCUUGCCUUGUUUUCACCUGCCCAUAAAAAGAGAAUCAAGGUCAAGGAGGCACGUCGAGAGAGCCUUGAGAGCGAUAUGUGCAACCUUUCCCACCGCUCUACACUGUCGGAUUUCCUGUCAAAAAAGACAGGCUCCCUGAUUGCGCGUAUCGAAGAGCUAGAGGCUAAUCGAGAUGGAAUCCGCUCGGCCCCAGAUGCCCUCACAGACCCCAUCUUCUCAGACGUGUUCCGAGACAUCAUUCGCGUGCUCGCGAAGAAACGCAUCGAGCUCGAUAUUCUUCACAACACUGGAAGAUACAUCGAGCAGCAAAUCGGAGAGCAACUAGAAAGCGACUGCCCGAGAAGCCGUCUGCCGCCAGAUAGCGGACCGCAUCUGGAUGAACGCCUCCGAAUUGACGAAUACAUGACCUUCGAUGAAGGGCUGGACGCUUCUCACUGUGACGGCAAGAACCCCCUUAAGCGACCACGGCUCCAGGACGACCUGUCUCUCCACGACAGCGAUUACGACCUUCACGAUGUUCCCAUUGACCCCUCCAUGGCUAAGCCUCAUACCAAUCCGGACGCGGAGGAUGCCACUGACGACAGGAAGCCUCGCUGGUGGGAUGAAGAUAAGAUUUCUCAACUCUACACCGACAUGAUGAUCUCUCGCGUGGUUGAGGGCUCGGCAAAACAAAAGCGAGCGUUCAAGAGUCACGACCAGCAACGAUUCAGCAAUGCCGUGUUGGAGCGCUAUGACGCCCUGGAGAAGACCGAAAAUAGUACACGAAAAUGGUGCCAUGUCACAGGGCGGUGGUGGCAUGAAAAAUUUGUGAAGUGUGCUCAUUUGGUACCUAAGUGCAUGACGGGGCCAGAAAUCGCCAUGCUCUUCGGAGACGGCGAGCUUGUCCUUAAGGAUCCUCUAAACGGAAUCAGUUUACACAACACUGUCGAGCUCGCUUAUGACAGUGCACGUAUCUUCAUCGUACCGAACCAGAUCCAGAUGCCGGAACGGAUGGAUACUGAGUGGAAGUGUUUGUUGGUUGAUCCUGCUACCGACGGCAACCAAGUGGCUUGUGAUGACGGCCGUGAACGUACAUAUUGGAGACUUGAAUUCCGCACGAAUAACCGACCCGCUAGGCGGUACUUGUGCUUCCGUUUCUUGAUCACGUACAUUUACGCCAAGCAGAAGGGGUUCAAGCAGUUCACCGACAAAGUUGAAUGCCGCUCAACCUUUUGGGGCUCGCCCGGCGAAUAUCUCGAGCAGUCCUCCUUGGAGUUGCUCACUCGCAACGUCGGUGCUACACUCCCUCGAACGAUUGAAAGGAACGUUUUUGAUGGCCAUGCGUCGGAUGUGGAGGUGAGGAGACAGGAUGAACUUGCGCCCGUGGCUGCCAUGAGGAUCUUUGAUGCCGGAGAUGAAGGGGAGGAGCGCUGGGAGAAGGAACUUGGUCCUCACAGCGAUGCCUCUGAUGAUGAAAUGGAGGACUCUGACAAUGGAUCUGAGGAGGAUUAA